AUGUUUCGAAACAUUAUAAGAAUACGAUAUUUGCAUUCUUCUUCAUUCCUAAGAAGAAGUAAAGAUUCGUUCAAGGCUACAUCAAAUAAGCCCUACAAUAAUAGAAACGAUUCUAAAUCACACAUCAUACCAUUAACUGCAGAUGAUAUCACAGCCAUAAAUAAGCAGUUUCUUGAAAGAACAAACGGUCUCGAGCCGGAAUUCGAAAUAAAAGAACUGACUGAUAUUCAACAAGAAUUUAAAAAACGUUUUACAGAGAGAUAUGUGGAACCCUCCAGAAAGUGGUUUCAAUAUGAAUGGGCUAACAAUAAUAAACCGAAGACAUUUACAAUAAAAUAUAUUAAUGGAAGGGAACAACUUGAUCCACAGUUACUUCCAAAACAAAGUAUGAAUUUCCUAGUAACAGAUUUGAUGAAAAAUACGCUGACUAUAGGUGACAUGGUCCUCUUGGGUAACACUGCGACUCAAUUGGCCAUGUGUGUAGCUUUACCUGAAUCUAUGGCAGAUCCUCGUUAUACUUUUAUUUUGGUCGACGGUGAACUUAUAUUUGAAAGCAAACAUGCAGUCAAGUUAAGAAUCCCUUACACACUACCCGAAGAAGUUCAUAAAUUGGUGAAAAGAGAAUCACGUCAUGAAUAUACACCUAUAGGUAAAGUGAAAAAUUCAAGAGAUACAACAUUCAUGACUCCAUUAUUGGCAAAUCAGUUAAUCACUAGUGCUCUUCCUGCGAAUAUCUCUGCAGACGCAUGGAAACAAUUACCGUUAGUUAUUAAAAAACUAAAAUUACUUCAUCGUCAUUUGAAUGAACCUCGUGGAGCUAUCCAAAUAUCCUUUGUAAAAUUAUGUCAAAUGGUGCAAUUAAUAAAUCUCGAAAGGACGGAACCUACUGAUGUCCAUGAAAUAAUCUCGAAAGUCAUAGGUGUAGCUAACGAGAGGGUUAAUAGUUCAACCUUCCUUGCUACAUAUUGGGCAAUAAAAGAACAACAAGGCUAUAACAUUUGGGGUAAAAUACAUACAAGUUCAGCUUUAUUAUCCCCUAUAUCUGUUACUAUACUACCUCUGAAGUCACAGCAUUACUAUUAUUCUGAGAUAUUAAGUCAGAUGAGACAGAAAAAUUUUAAAGAAAUUAAUAAGUUCACCUCAUUUUAUAACAGUAAAGAAUAUGAAAAGAUACAAAAGGAGUUACCUCAUUACUUAAAUCUCCUUCGUGAUUAUUGUGCUGGUAAUUUCCAUAAUAAUCCUCAGAUGAUAUCAUUCAUCUCAAAAAUUUUUAGAAAAAUAGGAAAAUAUAAAGACUCUGAUAUCUCUAAAGACAUUUGCCAGGAAUUAAUUGAAACUAUUAAACCUUCAGAGGUUUAUGUUAAUCCAUUACAUUAUAAUAAUGACCUUGCAUUACCCAUUUCUUCUCAUUUAGCUCAAGAUAACCAAUUAAUAUAUGAUAUUGUGCAACCAACAUUAAAUAAUGAUGAAGAGGGUACAACCAGAACAGAUUACACGGGGAUGUCUGUAUAUUGUAUUGAUUCCGAAGAUGCACAUGAAAUAGAUGAUGGUGUCUCCAUUAGAAAAUUAAAAUCUGGAAAUUUCGAAUUAUUAAUUCAUAUUGCAGAUCCGGCAUCUUUCUUCCCUGAAUGUAAUGAUGAGUCAAUAUCCAAUGAAAUUACAGAUGAAACCUUGGGAAAGGCAUUUGAAAAAUCCUUUACUUCUUAUUUGACUGAUAACGUUGACCCCAUGUUUCCAAAAUCAUUUAGCAGAGCUGCAGAUUUAGGUAAAAAUGGAUCCAAGAGUAAAACUAUAACCUUUUCUGUGGAAGUUAUAUUUGACUCAGCUAAAAAUACACUAAAAAUUCUGAAAGAUACAUUUAAUGUUUCUCUGAGCAAUACCUCUAACUUUCCUCGGGCUACUUAUAAGGAUGUUGAUGAGAUAUUGGCCGGUUCUAAAAAGGUAAAUCCUUCUAUGCUUAAUGAUAUAAGUAAUCUCUAUCAAAUAGCAUUUAACUUACGUCGUAAUAGAAUUCAAAACGAUAACGCUAUCAUAUUUGGACAGGGGUUUAACAGGGGUUUGCCAAAAUUGACUGGUGUUGUGAAUAACCAACAGAAAUUUAAUAUUGAAUUUGAAGAUCAGAAAGAUACAACUUCCACAGUUCUAGUUAGUGAAUUUAUGAUUUUGGCAAACUCCUUGUGUGGUGAGUAUUUUAAGAAAAAUAAUAUUCCUGGUGUUUUUAGGUGCUACAGCAAUUUAGAAAUGUCUUCUAAAGCGCUUGGUCAAUAUAAUUUCAUUCAAGAGAAGGUUAAAAGUGGUAUUUAUCCUACUUUUGAGGACAUUACAAAAAUAUCGUCAUUCCUCAAUUCCAGCUUCUACUCAGCGGAUCCUUUGAGUCAUGCAAUGAUUGGAGCUUCCCAAUAUCUUACUGUAACAUCUCCUCUACGGAGAUUUCCUGACCUAGUUAAUCAUUUGCAAUUACAUCGUCAUUUGAAAGGUAAACCUCAGUUAUUCACAAAAGACAAGAUAAAGGAUAUGAUUUGGAGGUUUCAAUCAAGAGCAGAUAUUACCAAACGUAGCGCACGUUCUGUAAACACAUAUUGGACAUUAAAGUAUCUGGAAAAAGUUAUUAAAAAAAAUCCAGUUACAAAAUUUGAAGUAGUAGUUCUCUCUGUUCCAAAUAAUGGUACAGUGAAUUGUAUGUUAAAGAACUAUUCUUAUUCUCGUGGUACUUUGAAAUUGAAUAAAGAAAAAAGCCCCCCACUAAUUGGUGAUAACAUUAAAAAUUGUAAAAUUACAAAUAUCAUGCCAAUAGAGGGUAUUUUAACAUUAGAUUUAUAG